UUGCACAACUUCAGACUGACUUCCUGCAGGUUAUCUGAUGUCAGCUUCCUCUCCCACAAAUAAUAAAUAGAGAAACUGGAGAGAGAGCAGUUUCUGAAUUCUGAUGGGAUUCUGACGGUCUCAGAAUGAUCUUGAGCAAAUGUCUCAGCCUCCCUGUGACCGGAACGCUUCAGGAGACGCCAGCAGUCUUGGUUAUUGAAAAGACGGUAUUUUGGGAAGGGAUGGAAGUCUCUCUCUGCGCCAGUGGGAAGUGGAGACGGAGAUCAGUUCAUGGUGUUUCUCGGCCCGUAGCUACUGGGCAUUGAGCCCCCAGUGCCAGUUCAGAGAAGGUGCAGCUCUCAAACUGUCGUGGGCAUUUACACCACAAGGAAAGUUCAUGUCUAUCUGUAUUAAAAUAACCCUGUUGAAAGGGCACCCAGUGGAAUGAAUGCUGAUCAACUGCUUAAGGCACAAAGACAUAAACUCAUCAUGAUUCUUGGAAGAGGUUCAGUGGAAAUCUUUGAGAGCAUUCUUGAUCAUUUACUAGCAUGGGACCUUCUGAGUUGGGAAGAAUAUGAACAUGUGAAAUCACCAGAGGUUCUGUCUCAUUCCAGUCGUAAUCUCCUUGAUGUUGUUACACUGAAAGGGACUAGAGCCUGUGAACUUUUUCUUCUGGCAUUGGAAGAUACCAUUCACACCUCGCAGCUGGCUGAUUUAAUUUUGAGCAGCUAUAAGCCUCCAGAAAAGUCUCCCGAACCUUCAGCAUCACUGGCAACAUUACCUUCUCAAAGUCUUCAACAGCACAGACCCAACAUUGUGCGGAAACUGCAUGGACACAUUGCAGCUGUGUUAGAAAUUCUGCACAGCUAUGGUCAUUUUUCAAAAUAUGAAUGUGAUGAGGUUCAAUUGCCAAUAUAUACACCUUCCCAGCAGGCUCGAAAGCUGCUGGAUCUCACUAAAGCUAAAGGGGAAGAUACAGCUCAGGUCCUGUUAGACUACAUUGAAUCUGAACCUGGACCUAUCAAACCCAUCCUCGGUAAUGCUUGCUUGAAGUAUCAGGAAAAGUUGAGCUCUACAUUGGCUGCUCAGUCCCGAUUUCUAACAAACUAUGCUGGAACUGAAAAUAUGUGCCUGGAGGAUAUUUAUGUGGAUUGUCUCUUGGAAGUAUCCAAUACUGCCGCUGCUCAAAAUGGCUGCUUGUCAUUCCUCGUUAGUCUGGAAGACAUCUUUGGACCAGAUGGAAUAUUAAAUAAAGAUGCAGAUACUGUGCUGAUCACUGGGGAAGCGGGAAGUGGGAAAAGCACUUCACUACAGCAAAUGCAACAAUUAUGGGCAACAAAACAAGCUUUUCAGGACUUCACAUUUGUAUUUGCUUUCAGCUGCAGAAGGUUCAAUUUCAUUGAUAAACCCAUUUCACUUCAAAUGUUACUGUUUGAACAUUGCUGCUGGCCUGAUGAUCACCAGAGUGAAGUGUUCCAGUACCUCCUUGACCAUCCUGAAGAGGUCAUGUUCCUGUUUGAUGGGUUUGAUGAAUUUAAAUUCCAGUUUACAGAUGAAGAAAGACACUGUUCUCCCUCAAAGCCUAGCUCUCCACUGAAUUUGAUCUUUAAUCUUCUCCAAGGGAAUUUGAUGAAAAACACUAAAAAAGUUAUGACCAGCAGACCAAAUGCAGUAACUGCCAAUUUAAGAAAAUAUUUGCAGAAAGAGAUCACACUAAAAGGUUUCUCACCAGAGGGAAUUGGAAAGUUCAUAAGGAAAUGCCAUAGAAACUCAUCAAGUGCAGAACGUAUUUUGUGUUUUGUUGAAGCAAACUCAGCUCUUCAUGGACUCUGUCAUGUGCCCUUCUUCUGUUGGAUAGUUUCAAAGUGCCAUGAACAGUUAAUGCAGAAUGUGAGUGAUUUCACUCACACAAUGACUGAUGUUUAUCUGUUGAUUCUAGAACACUUUUUAUUGCAUCUUACUCAAAACAGCCGAGGAACAAAUGAAGUUUUGCUGAGCCAUGUUGCUACAAUCCUCCAUCUUGGCAAAUUAGCAUUGGAUGGUUUAAACACUUGCUGUUACUUAUUCUCAGCUGUACAGCUACAAGAUGCUGAGGUAUCAGAAGAAGACAUUUCUUUAGGUUUCCUUGUCUGUAGUCAUAGUUUCUCACAUGCACACAAUGCAGUUAGUUAUAGGAAUUAUGAGUUUUUUCACAUCACUGUCCAGUGUUUCUUUGCUGCACUGUACAUCACUUUAAAUGAUGACGUGGCACAACUUACACUUUACUCAUUGUUCAAACACAGACAGGAAAACCCAUCCCUGUGCAUAAUGUCAGCAGGCUGCUAUUCAGGUUGGCCAUUUAAUUGUCACCUAUCUCAUGAAGAAGAUAAAAGGAGAAAUGAAACUCUGUUACAGGAAGCGGAGACAUCAAAUCUUCAAAUAACAGCAAGCUUUGUUUCGGGGCUUUUGUCUAGUAGGAACAGGGACCUGAUGGGGAAGACCACCCUCUUUCAGAAGCAAUCCAAAAAGUGCAGACUUGUUAAAAAAUACUUAGCAAAAUGUAUACAGAAACAUUUCCUAUCCAUACCACCAGCUGUUGGAGGAGAGAAGAAGAGCAUGCAUGCUUUGCCAGAAUUUGUUUGGUGGAUUAAAUGCAUUUAUGAAAUGCAAGACAGUGAUUUGGCUAAAGAAGCUGUUAGUAAAUUGCAAGUCAACCACUUGAAGUUGACCUAUUGUGGAGUAGGACCUGUUGAAUGUACUGCUCUUGCUUAUGCUCUCAAACACUUGAAAAGUCCCGUGGGAUUACAAUUAGAUUACAACUCUGUUGGUGAUUUAGGAAUUGAACAACUCCUUCCCUGCUUGGACAUUUGCCACUCAAUUUACCUCCGGGGAAAUGACAUUUCUGAUCAAGGUGUCUCCAAACUGGUUGAGCGAGCUCUUGACAGCUGUAAUUUGCAAAAGAUUGCGUUAUUUCACAAUAAUUUGACUGAUGCAUGUGCCCAGGAUUUUGCAAAGCUCCUGAAACACAAGAACAACUUUCUUGCAUUAAGGCUUGGCAACAACCACUUAACUGCUGUUGGGGCAGAGGUGCUGGCAGAAGGUUUAAAACAGAACAACUCCAUCCAAUAUUUAGGACUUUGGGGAAAUAAAGUUGGAGGUGCUGGUACUUGUGCUUUGGCAGCAGCUCUUGAGAAUAACACAAGCUUGUUAUGGCUAAGUCUUGUAGGUAACAACGUUGAUAGCCAUGGUGCCAAGGCUUUGGCUUUAAUGCUGAAGAAGAACACUGUCCUAGAGGAGCUCUGCUCUGUGGGACAGGACACAUCUAGGACCGGUGACAGUGGCGUCUGAGCUAUUGUAAGAUAUAAUCCUGUGAGUAUGUCUAUGUCAUGUUGUUGUUUGACUCAGCUAUGAGAUAGCUCUCCUAAUUUUGGCCCAAGCCCCCGGAUGUUAGUAAGGAGGACUUUUCCAGGUCAACAAGGCUGGGUUUGUAGUUGUUGUUUCCACUGCCUAGAUCAAUGCGAGGUGGUCCAUUCAUUUACUUCCUUUAUUUAAACAUCCUAGUGGCUUGGUACAACUGAAUGGCUUGCUAGGUCAUUUCAAUGUGUCUCUCACACAUUGCUGUUGGUCGGGAGUCAAGUUGGAUGCUGAGUUAGCUAGCAGCCUUUGAGUUGUAUAAUGAUGAAUUGGAAGACCUGAAUUAACAUUGAUCAAUGUGGAGGAUUGUGAAAGGAAAUUUUGGUUGUUUGGAUGUCUGUUUUGUGUUAACAGCAUGGGAAGGUGAUAGAAAUAGAUUACACAUGCAAUUGUCCUUGCUGACUCUAAAUGAGCUUGAUAAUUAUAAGGUAUGCUACACAGCAACAAGUGCUGCUGUUGACGCACUGACUGUACUUUUCCCUCAGAAUUGUCUGAAGAGACUCUGAGUUUCUUUGUUCAGCUAAUCCAAAUCACAAUGCUUGGUGAUGUUGUGUAAAGUACAGCACUCCAGCAUUCUGGAGACCUUGGAUGGUGUGCAUCAAAAGAUACCUUUCUAUCUGUCCAGGCUCCUGAAGCAGGUCUUUAACAUGUUUGCUCAAUGAAACAUCUCAUCAUCUGGCUUUCAUUAUGUCACUCCUGGGUGUGAUUGCUUGGGUCCCUUAUGGGUACUACCAGUCAUGUUUUAAAUGGGUAUCUAUUGUUUUUGAAAACCAGCCAGUGUGUCUGCUUUGAUGUACAAAUAAAUUAAGAUAGUUCAGAAUGAAAAUAUCAUGGAGUCCAACCUCCCUUGGAAUAUUGCACAUAUCUGCAUAAAGAUCUUUUAGUGAUUGCACACCAGCUGCUGAUAGCUCUUCAGGAGAAAAGUAAUCAGUCUGUGAGCAGGAGACUCAUAGAGUCAGUGUCAGAGAGCAUGGAAACAGACCUGUCAGUCCAACCAGUCCAUGCUGAACAUAAUCCUAACAUAAACUAGUCCCACCUGC